CGGAGGAGAGGAGAGGGCGGCCCCACCUUCCCAAUCAGCGGAGGUCCCCCUUGGCGCUCUGGUCGGAAAGGUGCCGCCACGCUCCCCUGGCCACACGCGGCACGUUCCAUUUCCGAGCUCCCCUGAGAAAUAGACGCCGUUAUUUCAGAAACUCUGUGCCGCUCCAAGCCCCCGCUUCCCGACUUCAAACUUUCCCUCCCUGGCCUGCAACUUGCGGGUCUCGUGUACAUAUGCUCGUCAGUCACAGCAGAGGAAUUAAGCAUCGUACCGCAUUGCAUCGGCGGGCAUCGACAUCCUUGCAGGUACCGCGGAGGGUGAAUGCUGGAGCUCGAGGUGGCUUAGGUCGAAGGACUCGACAAACCCGGAACUGGUACUACACCGUCGGUGUGAUGGCCAAGCUAGCGCCGCUCAUCGUGGUGUUCCUUCUCGUCUGCGUCCAGUGGCAGGGGGCUGUGUCUGGGACUGAGCUCAAGCCACUGAAUGGGGGGAAGUCCCAACCCUAUGACGUGGACAGCAUUACGGGUGAAACCAUCUAUGAUGACGAAUCAUCCUUUGCAAGCAGUGAUCCUUACAACUACGCGGACAAUGGCGGGGAUAAUUAUCAGUUUAGUACCUCUGAGUCGGAUGGAUAUUCAGCAGACCCCGGAACAGACGAACCCGUUGCUUUGCCGAAUGGAGAUGGCUUUGCCGUGAGCCAGGAUGCUCCACUCUCCGGAGUCAACAGUACUACUGCUGACGGAAGCAGCUCUGUUGUCAGUGACGAUGGCUUCGACAUGGUGGAGAACGACGAUGAUAAUUCUUCGACUGCUUCGUCCGAUGACCAGAACAUGGGCGCCGCUUUGGCCUCGGGUGGAUGCUCAACGGGGAAUCCGGUUGACGACUGCUGGAAAUGUAAUCCUAACUGGGCCAAUGAGCGUCAGAAGUUGGCAACGUGCGCGGUUGGGUUCGGGAGGGGCGCCACGGGUGGCAGGAACGGCAGGAUAUACGUCGUCACAUCUGCGAGCGAUGAUAACCCCGCGAAUCCUGCUCCCGGGACGUUGCGGUACGCUGUGACUCGGUUGGAGCCGCUGUGGAUCAUAUUCGCGUACAGCAUGACCAUCAGGUUGAAGAACGAGCUGAUGAUCACGAGCUUCAAGACGAUCGACGGUCGUGGCGUGACUAUACGCAUCUCCGGAGGAGCCGGGUUGACAUUGCAGCGCGUCAACAGCGUCAUCAUUCACGGUAUUGCCAUCCACGACAUCCAAGCUACAGGGCCCGGGAGGAUCAUGACCUCGACUGCCCACACAGGCAACCGGGGCAGAUGUGACGGCGACGCAAUUUCGAUCUUCUCGUCAAAGAACAUCUGGAUUGACCAUGUCUACCUCGCCAGGGCUGCAGAUGGACUGAUUGAUGUGAUCAGGGGCUCGACGGACGUGACCAUCACGAACUGCUACUUCACCCAGCACGACAAGGUGAUGCUUCUCGGAGCUAGCAUGAAUGACGACAUGGACAGGAACAUGCGCGUGACUGUUGCAUACAAUAUUUUCGGUCCUUCACUUGUGCAAAGAAUGCCAAGGGUUCGGUACGGUAACGUGCACGUCGUGAACAAUGACUACACCUCAGGGUGGGGGAUUUACGCCAUUGCCGGCAGCGAGGCUCCUACCAUAUUGAGCCAAGGUAACCUGUUUCAUGCAGGACAGGGUUCGAAGCAGGUGACGAAGCGGAUUAACGAUGGAGGGCCAAGCUUCGGGGAUCCUAGGGGCUGGAAUUGGAAGUCGGAGGGUGACGUGUUCUAUUCCGGGGCUUAUUUUUCUAGCGUCCAGAUGGGGUGGUCAGCCCAGAGUUAUUCAAAGACCGCAAGCUGCUCACCUCGUCCGGCGUCAAUGGUGUCAAGGAUGGUCAAGACUGCUGGUCCGUUGAAUUGUCGCAAAGGGUCUAUGUGUUAGAGGAUUACUGGACAUAGCCGAUGGUACGUCCAGAGCAUUCUGUAUAACAUACUGAAAAGCUGAGGCUGCGCUUGUAAUGCAGCCCACUUAUGAACCAACUCCGAAGGAAAUCGUGUUCAGAUGCGUGUAGUUGUCCUUUAGUCUAGUAGGUGUAAGUUACUCUGAGAUACGGAGAGGUUGCGCUGUUUGCAGCCCUCAAAUGCCUGUGAGACGUGCUGUGGUUGAUGUAGCAACCCACCGCCUAUAUUCAUCUGCCGAUUUUGGGAUGAAUUCCAUUCUUUUGGGAUUCAUAGACUUGAUAUCCGCGCUACACAUCUCGUAGUCGAUGGGAUGUGGGUUUACAUGCGCUCAGCCAGUACUUGGCUUGGAGGUGAAAACAUUUACAGCAUUCGCCUACCACUGUACUAUUCGGAUUUCGAAAUGAUUAACAUCCCCUUUUUCUA